AUGGCGGACGGAUGUCUUGUGAUUUUCAAGCUUGACCUGUCAAAUUGUAAAUUUAAAUAUACUCAUACUUUUAGCUAGUUAUCCUAAGUUGUUUCCAUACUGCCUUAAAAUUGAUUGUAUAUGUUGCUAUUUUUUAUUUAUUACCUAACUAGCUAGCGCUAAUGUUGCUGGGUUUUUUUGUUUUAGACUGUUUAGCUAGCUGGCUGGGCUAGAAAGUAAAAAUACAAAAACUUUCCUGUUAUAAAAAAAGAUGGCUGUGAGGUGUUCACUAACUCAGGGACUAUAUUUGUGUAUUAUCUUACUGGUACAAACUAUAACUAUCAAUUCCCAAGUUCAUUUGAGAAAUCUCCUUUUACACAUGACUUUUCAUCAUAAUCCAACUUCCAAAGUUGCUGAUUAUAAUAUUGCAAUGAUUAGAGAGAGAAUUGAACAUGUAGAUGUUAAAAAAGCUUUGGAACAUACAAUGCUUUCAAAUAAUACAAACUCAUGUUUAUAUAGCGUGUUAGAAGCAAGCAGAAGUGAAAAAUUUUUGUACUUUGAUGCUUCUGGCAAGAUUAGGUCUAACAUAAAAGGCGGUAAUGUGCAUUGGUUUGGCAGUUAUCAAGAAUGUAUGGACAACAGAGGAUCACACUAUUGUGCUAUGUCUAACAUUAAAAUCACUAAUAUACCGGUUUUACUUGGUCUGUGUAUGCCAGAGAUAUGUGAAGCAGAUGAUGUAACUGAAAUACUCACAGAACUUUCAAAAGUUUUAAAGUCUGGAAAUUUUUCAUUGCUUACUGUUUAUCGUAACAACCAAUCUUUGAAACAGUAUGGAACUGAUGCUGUCUGCUAUGAUAAAGAAAAGACUUACAGCACUGGUGCUAUUGUGAUGAUAUCAAUUUCUGCUUUCAUUUUGUUGUUAUGUGUGCUGGGAUCUAUAACUGAAAUCAUUUACAAUUAUGUAAAGUCUAGAGCUAAGGAAGAUUACAUGUUUUAUGUGGAUGAGGAAGAUGAACAGUUUUCUAAUGUAGUAAAUCACAAAGACGACAACAUCAUGAAAGAAAACAACAGAGUGAACAUUUCAAUGCACACUGUGAAUGUCGAAGAUGAAGGAAGCUGUUUUGUGAAAUUUCUCCUGUGUUUUUCGCUGAUUAAAAACACAAAAACGUUAUUUGAUACCACAGUGCCCCCUGGUGCGAUAACAUGUAUAAAUGGUAUUCGAACAUUAUCAAUCACUUGGGUCAUCCAAGGUCACGUUCUUGUUUUUGGCCUUGCAAAUAUAGAUAACGCUGCAAGUAUUUUUGCUACUUGGCUUCCACGAUUCACCAUGCAAACACUGCUCAAUGCACCCGUAUCUGUUGAUUCCUUUUUCUUCUUAAGCGGACUACUUGUUGGGUACUUGAGCAUGAAAAGAUUUGAGUUGAAAGGAAAUUUACCACUGCUUCGGUACUACUUGCAUCGUUAUAUCAGGCUGACACCAUCAUAUGCAUUCUUGAUUUUCUUUGCUACCUAUGUAUUCCCGAUAAUAGCGGACGGACCGUUUUGGUUUACCCAAGCUCCUACGUCAAUGCAGACACAGAAUUGUGUAAAAUAUUGGUGGACAAACUUACUUUAUAUCAACAAUUUUUAUCCUGAUGACCAAUCAAAGAUGUGUUACCCAGUCAGUUGGUAUCUAGCGAAUGACAUGCAGUUUUAUGUUAUCAGUCCCAUAAUCCUUUGGUGUAUGUACAAAUUCAAAUGGAUUGGCGUUUUCGUAGCAAAUGGUUCGUUGUUAUUGGCUAGUCUGAUCACAAAUGGUGCUUUGAUGUAUAAAGAUAAUGCUUCACCAGUGUUCUAUCAAAAAGGGGUCAAUUUAUUGGACCCUAACUCACCAGUUCUCAGAUAUCAGAAAUAUCUUUAUGAAAAACCGUGGACACGCAUUAUGCCAUAUUUGGUUGGCCUCGUUCUCGGUUAUGUCAUAAUGCAGAAACAUAACAUUAGAAAAUUCAAAUAUCCAUUAUAUUCACUUGGAUGGUUUCUUGCAGUUGGGACGGGCAUUGCUUGUGUGUAUGGUCCAUUCACUGCAACCCAGGAAGCUUGGAAUCAAGCUACUAACAUCACGUAUGGUGUCAUGUUCAGAUUUGUGUGGGCACUUGCACUUGCUUGGGUCGUAUAUGCAUGCCAUAAUGGCUAUGGAGGUCUUGUGAAUGAUUUUUUGAGUUGGAAGGCAUUCAUACCUCUCAGCAGGUUGACAUAUUCGACCUAUCUAACGCAUGCGAUGGUUAUUCUGUUGUUUUUUGGAGCCUCUCAGACAGCAGUGGAUUUAACUUUACUUAACUACGUGUAUAUUUGCUCUGGUAUCACCGUGUUAUCUUUCGCUGCUGCAUAUAUCGUCUCUGUGUGCAUCGAGUAUCCUGUGUUUAACCUGGAGAAGCUGUUAUACUUGUGUAAGAGCAUAAUCAGUUUAAAUACGUAUCUUAUGAGCUCGCUCAAGUGUCGAUUGACUAAGAGCAGGUUGCUGCUACAGAGUGUUAUGUUGGGAAAGGAGGGAUUUAUCUUUUUAAUCAUUUUAUUUUCAACUUUUAGCUCACCAGUUCUCAGAUAUCAGAAAUAUCUUUAUGAAAAACCGUGGACACGCAUUAUGCCAUAUUUGGUUGGCCUCGUUCUCGGUUAUGUCAUAAUGCAGAAACAUAACAUUAGAAAAUUCAAAUAUCCAUUAUAUUCACUUGGAUGGUUUCUUGCAGUUGGGACGGGCAUUGCUUGUGUGUAUGGUCCAUUCACUGCAACCCAGGAAGCUUGGAAUCAAGCUACUAACAUCACGUAUGGUGUCAUGUUCAGAUUUGUGUGGGCACUUGCACUUGCUUGGGUCGUAUAUGCAUGCCAUAAUGGCUAUGGAGGUCUUGUGAAUGAUUUUUUGAGUUGGAAGGCAUUCAUACCUCUCAGCAGGUUGACAUAUUCGACCUAUCUAACGCAUGCGAUGGUUAUUCUGUUGUUUUUUGGAGCCUCUCAGACAGCAGUGGAUUUAACUUUACUUAACUACGUGUAUAUUUGCUCUGGUAUCACCGUGUUAUCUUUCGCUGCUGCAUAUAUCGUCUCUGUGUGCAUCGAGUAUCCUGUGUUUAACCUGGAGAAGCUGUUGUUAAAAUUUUAGAAUGUUUAGAUUUGUAAAUUUAAGGUGUUUAAGAAUAAUUUUAUAAGAAUAAUGAGGCUAAAAAAAAAUUUUGAUAAAUAAGGUUAAAAAUUACAAGGCUGAUUUUUAUCCUUUUUUACCAUACAUAAACGGGGAGAAAUUUAUUUUUAUUAAUUUUAAAGCAAAUUCUGCCGAAUGAUAAUUAUGCAAAGAAUAUACAGAUAAAAGAUAUAAAUUUUUUAGAAAGUAUAAAUUUGUUGAAGUUGUGAAGUCGACAAUAAAACUGGUUUCAAUUUUCUUCAUGUUUGGUUUUAUAAACUUUAGGUUAUAGUAUGUAUACAUAUAGUAAUUUUAUUGAUUUUUUAUCGUCAUUAAAAGGUCUAUGGCCUUACUUGUAUUUAUUUUUGGGCUUUAGUAGUUACAAGGGUAUACAUUUUCGUACUGUACUCGCUCAUAGUAAUACUGCACUCGCUCAUAGUAAUUCACACCCUAGUUUUACACAAGUUUGAUUAUCGUUGUCAUUUUAAAGUCGUUUUUAACAAACUGAACCUGCAAUAAGCAUUAAAUGAGGCUUAUAAUUCUAAACAUCACAGCGUAAUUGAAACUGAUGUAACUUUAAGAAUUAGUAUUAACUUUAUACAAAGAUAAAAUAAUAUAAUUUCGGAAUAUUUUAAAAAGAAAUGAUCUGUAUUUUUUUUUUUUUUUUU